AUGGCCCCGGGCAACCCUACGAAGUCCGAGCUUCAGCUCAAACUGUUGGAGUUUGGCGAGCAGGCUCCGUCAAACUGGACGAAGAUCCAGUUGAAAGCUCGCCUGGCCGAGCUAGUGGACGAGCAGAAGGAGACUGCGCCCAUGAGCGAGAGGGACGCUGCCAAGAUGGUGAACAAGUGCAAGACCAAGGCGGCCCUCCAGAACCUCAUGGACAGCUAUCAGGUGGACUACACGAACCACAUGAACUCCGACCAGCUGAAGAGCAAGAUGAUGCAGUACUUGAUGGAGAAUCAGGUACCGGCCAGCAAAGCCGACUUCAUGGGCUUCGGCAAGUUCGCUUCUUGGACAUACGGGGAGACUCUG